AACUUCACAAAAGAUCGUGUCACACUCAAUAAUUUCUUCCACGGGUUCUGUGGAAGAAAUUCCCUUAUUUAUUUUCGUAAAUCAAUUCAAAAUUUUCCGUGGUGUGAAAAUAAAAUAAAAUGGUGUUGACUGCCGACAUUCAUUUGCCUGAAGAGUCUGAAUUGACCGUUCCUGAGAUCAAUUUAUCUACAGCAACUUUGAGAGCUGGAUCGUUUCAUCUCGGAAAAUAUUGUGAACAUGCUAAUAAUGAAUUCAUGCUCUGCCGCUUCGAGGAGCAGGACCCUCGCAAGUGCCUCAACGAGGGCAAGGUGGUUACGGCAUGCACAAUGGAGUUCUUCCAGAAAGUCAAGAGGGCCUGCCUCGACGAGUUCAACCAGUAUGCCAACUGCGUAGAUAAGAGCUCCGGAGACUAUAGUUUUAAAUUCUGCCGCAAAACCCAGGGCACCUACGACAAAUGCAUGCUAGAGAAGUUGAACCUGGAGAGGCCUGGCUUCGGAUACUUCACUGAGGCUCGCGUGCACAGCACUAACAGACCCAAGCCCCUGGAAGAACCAAAGGCGGUCUACCCGGAUGCGACCCCGGCCAUCCCAGAAGACGCCGAGAAGAAACCGCCGAGGUUCGGGUCUCGCUUCUACUGGAUAACGGAGUAACGCGCGCGUCCGCGUUUGCGUUACAAUUUCCAUCGGGACUCGGUACUGAUUUCGAGUGAUUCAUUCGACAAGUUCCGUUUUUUAUGCUUUUUACUUUAUUUAAAAAGUGUUUACUGUUUUCUAUUGAAGUUUGGAUUAAAACCCGGCCCUAUUGUAGGAAUUUCGCAAUUUACGCAUAAACCAGGCAAAUAGUAUUUUUAUGUUGAAAUUACUUGAAUCGUGUUAUAAAAGAAUGACUUAAAACUACUGUUAGUAUAAGCGCAACUUGUCUAAUGUUUUACUUCGUAUCAACAUAAUAUUUAAAGAUUUGUAGAUUAAUAAAUUGUUAAAUUUA